AUGGCCGAUAAAAUAUGUCACAAAUUAAUUAAUGAAAAUUUAAAAACUUUAUGUGAAAAUACAUUAGUAAAUAAAAGUGAUUACGAAAAAAAAAAUGAAAAUUUUAAUAACUUCAAUAUAAAUUGUUCUUCAAAAUGCGAAGAAUUGUGUAAUAAUAUAAAUGAACGACUACAGAAAAUAAAAGAUAUUGUGCAUCUAAGAUCAACUAGACCAAAUGUAAUUUUAAUAGACACCUUGAAGUAUAUUAAAGAAUAUAUAAAAGAAAUAGAAAAAUAUAUAGAAGUUUUUAAUAAUGUUAUAUAUGAAGAAAACAGAGCAUAUUCUUAUAUUGAAGAUAUAUAUAGUGCUUUGAAUAAUCAAAAUCAAAAUGUUCAAAAAAUAUAUCAUAUAUGUAGUAAAAAUAUUGUAAUAACGAAAAAUAACAAUGAACUAGUCUUACAAAAACCUCAAAGUUACUUUUCUCUUUCUUCCAAAUUUGUUAAUAAUUUAUUAAGUAUAUGUAAAGAACGAAAUGGAAAUACAAAUGAAAGUAAUAAUGAAAAUCAGGACGAUAUUAAAAGUGAGGAUAAUAAUAAAACCGAAAAUGAAAAUAAGAAUGAAAAUUAUUUAAAUUAA